AUGACCUCCGCAAAAUCUAUCUCUGUUGAGGAUAUUAAGAAACACGCGAGCCCGGAGGACUGUUGGCUAGUAAUUGAUGGCCGAGUAUGGGACUUCACAUCCUUUGCGCCUGAACACCCAGGCGGCGCAGACAUAAUCUACAAACACGCCGGCCGCGACGCAACAGCCUCCUACUCCAGCAUCCACGCCCCCAGCCUCGUUACCACCACCCUCCCUCCCUCAAAACUCAUCGGCCAGCUCGACACCAAGACCGUGACAGAAGACUGGACCAAGCCUCCCCCCACCGAGACCCCGCAACUUGCGCUCAACGAGAAGCCACCCCUCCACACCCUCCUCAACGCCUACGACUUCGAGGAGGUCGCCUCCCGCACCCUCACCAAGAAAACAUGGGCCUUCUACUCCAGCGCCGCGACCGAUUGUGUUACGCGGGCCGCCAACGCCGCGACCUUUGAUCGGCUGUGGUUCCGGCCACGCGUAUUGCGCAAUGUACGGGACGUUAGCACCGCGACGCGGAUACUGGGCUGUGAUGUUGGGCUUCCGCUUUUCGUCUCGCCGGCGGCGUUGGCGCGCCUCGUGCAUCCUGAUGGCGAGAAAGCGCUCGCGGCCGGCUGUGGUGCUAAAGGGGUCGCGCAGUGUGUCUCGACUAACGCUUCGUUCCCUUUGUCGGACAUUGUUGCCAGUGCGCCGGCGGAGCAUCCGUUUUUCUUCCAGCUGUAUGUCAACAAGGACCGCCCCAAGACUGAGGCAAUGCUGCGAGAUGUGAUUGGCACUGGGCGCAUCAAGGCCCUCUUCCUCACCGUCGACGCGCCUGUCGCUGGCAAGCGCGAGGCAGAUGAGCGAGUGCGCGCGGACGAGAGCCUCGCUGCCCCGAUGAGCGGUGCGAAAGCGACCAACGACAGGAAAGGCGGGGGGCUAGGCCGGAUCAUGGGCAGCUACAUUGACGCGACGUUGAGCUGGGACGAUAUCCCCUGGCUACGGCGCUGUGUGGGAGAUCUCCCGAUCGUGCUGAAGGGGAUUCAGGGGGCUGCGGACGCGAAGCUGGCUGUGCAGCAUGGGAUACAGGGGAUCGUUGUCAGUAACCAUGGCGGGCGAAGUUUGGACACGAGUCCGCCGGCUAUCCUCAUCCUACUAGAGCUGCAGAAGUGCUGUCCGGAGGUGUUCGAGAAGCUGGAGGUCUAUGUCGACGGUGGAAUACGCCGUGGGACUGAUAUCCUCAAAGCGUUAUGUUUAGGUGCCACGGCUGUGGGGAUUGGGAGACAUUUCUUGUAUGCGGUGAACUAUGGUCAGGAAGGCGUGGAGCACUUCAUCGACAUCAUGAGAGAUGAACUCGAGACGUCCAUGCGGAUGAUCGGCAUCACGGAUUUGAGUCAGGUACAUCCGGAGCUGGUGAACACGCUGGAGGUUGACCAUUUGGUGCCGACCACGGUGGGACAUCCGUAUGCGAGGUGGAGGCCUAAGAGCAGACUGUGA